AUGGAAAACAACAGCUAUCAACCGACGGGGCCGCCGGAACCUGAAGUUUUGUGGCUGGAACAGGCCGUAGAAGAGUCAACUAUUGGUUCGGUUACUGCAGGACUCACCCAAUCAGAUUCGAGUCUCUCAUCUGGUAACAAAUUCUAUAGCUAUGGAACUGGGCAGUUAGAGUAUGUUUCUCCAUGCCAACCAAAUAAUGGAGAUAUGACGAGUGCAAGUAGCAGCCCCCUGAGUUCGCCUUGUUCGGAUAAGAGUCCAGCAAUUACGUUACAACAAUCUUUAGGAGUUGAGGGAAAUCUUCCGCCCGGCAACUUAGAAGAUGGACCGGUUAAACUUCACGAAGUGACACCCCAUCCAGAUAUCUGCGAUAACCAGCCGAGUGUGUUGUGCCAUGUAAAACAGCCAGUUCCAGAAGAAAGCACUAAGCCUCGACAUACUUCUACUGUGGAAAACGCCGGACAAGACCCAACUAUAAGUCGACAUGACAACACUACAAAUAUAGAUAAUAACCGCAACAACAAUCCGAACGGUCUGCCCUGCAACAAUGUCACUGUAUCCUCCACUACCAAUACUACCACAGCCACUACUUCCUCCAUAUCAUCUUCCAAUUCGGAGCCACAGCCGACUGGGACGGGUGGUCAUGUGCGAUCUGAACAAGGUGAUACGGAGAGCGAUGUCGUUCUUGUCGACGUGGAAGGCAACUACACGCAUCAAAGGAAAAACCUACUCGACGAAGAGGAUACCGUACCUUUGGCUAAUGCCAAUCUAGAGCGUGUUCCGGCGCAGAAAGAGUCACCGGAUGACAAGAACAGACGGGACCAUCCCCUUCCUACCUCCACCACAACCGCAGCCACCACUUCCGCCUCCCCACGCCACUCCACCUCCACUACCUCCUCCCCCAAAGCCAUUCCUAAUGUAAUUUCUAGUUUACCGCCCAUGGCUUCGAGAGAUACUGAUUAUCUUUAA